AAGUGGUCGGCAAUCAUGACGACCAACAAAAGUAUAGACAAAUCGCUGAGAAUUAUGUGACGGAAUGGAUUCGUAUGGGAGAAGACCCCUCUAAUAAACACAUGAAACUCAGUUAUAAUGACAACAACACCUGGUUUUUAAUGUAUAAUUUCUAUGCGGAUGUGCUUUUGGGCACUAAAUUGAUCCCCGAAUCGAUAUACAAACAACAGGACGAGUGGUACCUAUCAAUAGAAAAUUAUUAUGGCGUACCCUUAGGUAGUGGUAAAUCUCAUACAAAGUUUGAUUGGGUUAUGUUUACGGCCGCCGCCUCUACUAACCCCAAACUCCGACAGUCUAUGUUUGAUAGGACUGCCCAAUGGCUUCGGGAAACGCCAGCCCACGUGCCCUUUUCAGACUGGGCUGACACACAAACUGGUGUUUCCCCCGGAUUUGUUAACCGACCGGUUAUUGGGGGUAGUUGCAGUGCUGUUGACAACGAUGUAUUACCAGCCGUACCACUAGUGGUUAAGAGUCCAUACCUGUCCACAUGGAUGACCAGUCGCCAGUUGAUGGGUGAUUGGCCCCGAUUCUGGAACGGAAACAUUAAAGGUAUGGCCGGUUUGGUGAGAGUGAACGGACAGACCUACGAGUUUAUGGGUCACCCGACUCAGGAAGACAUCGGCACCAAAUUGCAGGCCAAACAGGUGUCCCUUAAGGUGACUCCCACUCAGUCUAUAUUCACGUUCAAUGCCGGCCCCAUCGCACUGGCAGUCAAUUUCUUCACACCCAUAGACCCGACAGAUCUCAAGCGA